GGACAGUCGCGAUCGCCAUCAUAAUCAUCCUACCCCACGUAAGUACUUAGCCGCGAACGCGGCCGGGGGUGGUCCGGUCCACACGACGACCAGCUGCGAAAGCACUACCCGACCAAUGGCCGAGCCAUCAGUGCAGGCUGCUGCUGAGAAGUCAGCAAAGGAAUUUCCGAAGACACUUAUCUGCUGACGGGCUUUCUUCAAAGGAAAGCGUUGUCGCAUGCACGAUGGCAUCAUGGCCGGCACCAUGGCCGGCAACACCACGAGCUGUCCCGGCAUGGCGAACAACACCCGGGGGAUGGCAGACAGGGCAGCCUAUGGUGUUCGCGCCGACCGCUGGAAUGGUCAGACAGCAAGCAACCGCGAUGCCCAUGGCCGAAACGCCGGUGGCUGAUGCGCAGCAUGGGACCUACGUUCCAAUGUGGACGCCGAGCUUGGCACCACCGGCCCUGCCCGCGAUCCCAGGCUGCCCCGCGGGUCUGGAAUACCUGACCAAGUUCGACCACCUACUUGUCCACCAGGUUCUACAGCCCAUGGAACUAUUCUUGGGAGUCAACCUGCCUAACAAGUACAUCGUGAAGAACGCCAUGGGACAGCUCGUGUUCAAGGCGACAGAGAGGUGCGAGUUUACAGCCCACAGGUUCGGCUCCAAGCGGCCCUUCACGAUGGGGCUAUUCGACUACCGCAACGACAAAGUGUUGCAGCUUGACCGACCACUUCGCUGUGACUGCCGCCUGUGUUGCUGUUGCCUCCAGGAAAUGGACGUGAAGGAUGCUUCCGGUGCCGCUAUCGGUUCCCUCCAGAUGCAGUUCACGCUGGCGUACCCGACGUUCUCGGUGCUGGACAGCCAAAAAAACGUUGUCCUGCUGAUCGAAGGUCCCUGCUGCCCAAUGUCCACCUUUGGUGGGGAUGUGAAGUUUGAUAUCCUAACCAACGAUGGCGUCACCGAGAUUGGCGCAAUAACCAAGGUCUCGAAUGGAUUGUUCCGGGAAGCCUGCACUGGAGCAGACAACUUCACCGUCACCUUCCCCUUGGAUUUGGACGCGAAGAUAAAGGCCGUGCUGAUCGGUGCGGUCUUUCUUCUUGACUACAUAUUCUUCGACAGUUGGGCCGGCGCAUGCUGCUGCGAUUGACAAGGCAACAUACUAAAUUAGUCUUGCGAUUAGUUGUGCCUCGCUAAACACAGCCACACGUUCCAGAAAUGCUGCAACUUUGCCAGACUUCCAGGCUUUUGGACAGCCGACGGCAUGUUUGUGAACGCAGACCCAAACGUAUUGUGGUGUACUACCGUAUUGACAGCAAGCUGACUCUUUCUGAUUUGUUGUCGUGCGUUUCUUGCGCAAUAAAUUUUUGAACGAGUA